AUGUCACAUACACUUCCCAAGACCCAAAAAGUCAUAUUGAUCAACGAUAUUGGUGACUUCGAUAAAAUCCAAUACGUCACCGACUUCCCCACCCCCACGAUUGCAUCCGACAAGGACAUAAUUGUCAAGAAUGCCUACUCCGGUAUCAAUUUUAUCGAAGCAUACUUCAGAAAGGGCGUGUAUCCACUCCCAGCGAAGCCGUAUGUGUUUGGAAGAGAAGCCAGCGGAGAAGUUGUCGCCGUGGGCUCGAGCGUAUCCAAUUUGAAAGUGGGCGACAAGAUUGCCUACUUGUCGCCAAGUACAUUUGCCCAAUACACCAAGAUUACAGAUGCACACAUCCAGUAUGUCAAGUUACCCUCACUGGUCUCCGACAAGGAUUUGGAGGUUUACGGAUCACUCUUGUUGCAAGGGUUGACUGCAUUGACGUUUAUUAAUGAGGCGUACAAGGUUGAAAAGGGCGAUUUUGUCCUCGUUUGGGCCGCUGCUGGGGGUGUAGGUAAGAUUUUGGUGCAAUUGAUUUCGCAAUUGGGCGCACAUGUGAUUGCUGUUGCGUCAACUAAAGAGAAGUUGGAGUUGGCUAAAUCAUUUGGAGCUGAGUACUUGAUUGAUGCAAAUAGUGACGAUAUUGAUAACCAAGUUGACAAAAUUACCAAUGGGAAAGGUGUUGCCGCGUCUUUUGAUUCUGUGGGUAAGGACACGUUCUACACGAGUUUGAACUCGUUGGCUAGAAAGGGGACUUUUGUCAGUUAUGGAAACUCUUCUGGUCCAGUUACACCAUUCCCCUUGGCGUUGUUGUCUCCCAAGAACGUCAAGCUCUUGAGACCGCUGUUGAAUGCGUAUAUCUACACACCGGAGGAAUGGCAACAUUACUCGAAAUGGUUGGUGGAUUUGUAUCAACUGGGUAAGUUGAAGUUCGAUAUCUACAAAGUUUACGAUUUGAAGGAUUAUAAGCAAGCAGCACAAGACUUGGAAGGUAGGAAAACUCAUGGCAAAUUGACAUUGAAGAUUCCUCAAGAGUGA